AUGUUUAGGAAUACUGCUUUGAAGGCCUCCCGGAGGUCCUUCCACCUGGCCUCGAGCGCCCGUUUGGCCUCGAAGAACCCUGGUUUUGGCCUUGCCGCCCGCCGCCCUCUUGCUCUCGUCGACCGUGCCCCCAAUGGCGCCCGGCUCUACGCUUCGUCCGCGGAGGGUGCUAGCGCUGGAGUGGACCCUAAUGAUUCUUUCCUCUCCGGUAACACUGCCAACUAUGUCGAUGAGAUGUACCUUGCGUGGAAGCAGGAUCCUUCCAGCGUGCACAUCUCGUGGCAGACCUACUUCAAGAACAUGGAAGAUGGCAACAUGCCCAUCUCCCGUGCUUUCACUCCCCCUCCUACCCUCGUUCCUACCCCUACCGGCGGUGUUCCCCAGGACAUGCCUGGCGCUGGUCUCUCCGGCGGUACCGAUGUCACAAACCACUUGAAAGUCCAGCUGCUGGUGCGCGCCUACCAGGCCCGUGGUCACCACAAGGCAAAGAUCGAUCCUCUCGGCAUUCGUGGAGAAGCCGAGGCUUUUGGUUACGAAAACCCCAAGGAGUUGGAGCUCGACCACUACGGCUUUACCGAGCGCGACCUCGACCAAUCCUUCGCUCUUGGACCCGGUAUCUUGCCUCGCUUCGUCACCGAGGGUCGCGAAAAGAUGACCCUGCGCGAGAUCAUUGCUGCCUGCGAGAAGAUCUACUGUGGCUCUUACGGCGUCGAGUACAUCCAUAUCCCCGAUCGUAAGCCUUGCGAAUGGAUUCGUGACCGCUUCGAGAUCCCUGAGCCAUACAAAUACUCCGUUGACGACAAGCGCCGUAUUCUCGACCGUCUGAUCUGGAGUUCUAGCUUUGAGGCCUUCCUUGCCACCAAGUUCCCCAAUGACAAGCGUUUCGGUCUGGAGGGUUGUGAGACCCUUGUGCCUGGUAUGAAGGCUCUGAUUGACCGCAGUGUCGACUACGGUAUCAAGGACAUUGUCAUUGGUAUGCCUCACCGUGGUCGUCUGAAUGUUCUCUCCAACGUCGUCCGCAAGCCCAAUGAGUCCAUCUUCAGUGAAUUCGCUGGUUCUACCGAGCCUUCCGACGAGGGAUCUGGUGAUGUCAAGUACCACUUGGGUAUGAACUUUGAGCGUCCCACUCCUUCCGGAAAGCGCGUCCAGCUGUCGCUGGUUGCCAACCCCUCUCACUUGGAGGCUGAGGACCCCGUCGUGCUGGGUAAGGCCCGUGCCAUCCAGCACUACAACAAGGACGAGACCGAGUUCAACACUGCCAUGGGUGUCCUGUUGCACGGUGAUGCUGCUUUUGCUGCUCAGGGUGUUGUCUAUGAGACUAUGGGAUUCCACUCACUUCCCGCUUACUCGACCGGCGGUACUAUCCACAUCUCCAUUGACGCGCCUGUCUUCCACGUCAACGGUGACGAUGUUGAGGCCGUCAAUUACGUCUGCCAGGUUGCUGCUGACUGGCGUGCUGAGUUCAAGCGCGAUGUUGUCAUCGACAUCGUCUGCUACCGUAAGCAGGGUCACAACGAGACUGACCAGCCUUCUUUCACUCAGCCCCUUAUGUACAAGCGCAUUGCCUCCCAGAAGGCUCAGCUUGACAAGUACGUGGAGAAGCUGAUCACCGAGGGCACCUUCACCAAGGAGGACAUUGAUGAGCACAAGAAGUGGGUUUGGGGCAUGCUGAACGACAGCUUCGACCGCAGCAAGGACUACCAGCCUACCGGAAAGGAGUGGCUGACCUCCGCUUGGAACAACUUCAAGACCCCUAAGGAGCUUGCUACUGAGGUUCUUCCUCACUUGCCUACUGCCGUCAGCCCUGAUUCCCUCAAGAACAUUGCCGACAAGGUUAGCGCUGCCGACGCCCCGGAGGGCUUCACUCUCCACAGGAACUUGAAGCGUAUCCUUGCCAACCGCAAGAAGUCUGUCGACGAGGGAACCGGUAUUGACUGGGCCACUGCCGAGGCUCUUGCCUUCGGUACCCUUGUCGACGAGGGCUACCACGUCCGUAUCUCUGGACAGGAUGUUGAGCGUGGUACCUUCUCUCAGCGUCACGCUGUCCUCCACGACCAAGAGACCGAGGCUACGUACACCCCCCUGCAGCACGUCAGCAAGGAUCAGGGUAGCUUCGCUCUUGUCAUGUGGGAGGCUCAGUUCGGUGACUUCGCCAACAACGCUCAAUGUAUUAUCGAUCAGUUCAUUGCCUCCGGUGAGAGCAAGUGGUUGCAGCGUUCCGGUUUGGUUGUCUCUCUGCCCCACGGUUACGACGGCCAGGGGCCUGAACAUUCUUCCGGUCGUAUGGAGCGCUGGCUCCAGCUGUGUAACGAGGAACCCCGUGUCUUCCCCUCUGCCGACAAGCUAGACCGUCAGCACCAGGACUGCAACAUGCAGAUUGCCUACAUGACCGAGCCCUCCAACUUGUUCCACAUCCUUCGUCGCCAGAUCCACCGCCAGUUCCGCAAGCCUUUGAUUAUCUUCUUCUCCAAGGCUCUUCUGCGUCACCCCAUUGCCCGGUCUGACCUCGAUGCCUUCAGUGGCGAGUCCCACUUCCAGUGGAUCAUUCGUGACCCCGCCCACGGUAGUGCUAUUGACGAGCCCGAGAAGAUCGAGCGCGUUAUUCUCUGCUCCGGCCAAGUCUACGCUGCUCUGACGAAGCACCGUGAAGCGAACGGUAUCCGCAACACCGCGAUCACCCGUGUCGAGCAGCUGCACCCCUUCCCCUGGGCCCAACUUAAGGAGAAUCUUGACAGCUACCCCAAUGCCAAGGACAUUGUCUGGGCCCAGGAAGAGCCUCUGAACGCUGGUGCCUGGUCCUACGCCCAGCCUCGUAUCGAAACUCUUCUGAACGCCACCGAGCACCACAACCGCCGCCACGUCUUGUACGCUGGUCGUGCCCCUAGCGCUUCCGUCGCUACCGGUCUCAAGGCUACUCAUCUCAAGGAAGAGCAGGAGUUCUUACAGGAUGCCUUCUCCGUCCACCAGGAGCGUCUCAAGGGCGAGUAA